AUGAACCCCGGUGGUAAGGGAUCCGGUCCGGAAGGAUUUCAAACGCAGCCAUUAAAUCAGCCACCCUACCCUGCACAGUCCCCGCCCUACCCGGGCCAAGCAACCAGUGGCUAUCCUCAUCCCGCAGCCAACGUACCCAACUAUGCGCAUCCACCGCCCCCACCACCGUACGACGCUAACUCGAACGUAAUCCCGCCGGCACAGAAUGCAUCCACGACUUAUGUGCAAGUUGUAACCAGCCCACAGGUAGGACCAGAUCCGGCCUCGAUGGUGUGUCCCUCCUGUACCAAGCACGUGAUUACCCGUUUGGACUAUGAAACUUCUACCAAAACGCACAUCGCAGCCGGCCUGCUAUGUCUUUUCAUAUGUUGGCCAUGCUUCUGGAUUCCGUACGUGAUCGAUUCGUGUAAGAACGCUAAUCACUAUUGUCCGAACUGUGGGGCCUACAUUGGAACAUACCGUGGCUAG